AUGGCGUUGAAGGAUCUCACUCUUCCUGCCGACGCUAGCGACACCAUCUCGGCUAUCCGCUGGUCUCCAACAGCUCAUUAUCUGGCUGCUGGGUCCUGGGACGGCAAAAUGCGCGUCUAUGACGUCAAGGCUGAUGGCUCGGCCGCUGGCGUCGCUCUCCUCAGCGCUGACGGCCCCGUCUUUAGCUGCGACUGGGCUAAGGAUGGAACAAUGGUUGCGGCUUGUGGUGCGGAUAAAAAUGUACGACUUCUUCAUCCUCCUACUGGACAAACUAUUGUAGUUGGGGAGCAUUCUGCGCCUGUGCGCUGCGUCAACUUUGUCGACAUCCCUUCAUCCCCUGCUCCUGUUUUCGCGAGUGGGUCUUGGGACAAGACUGUUCAGUAUUGGGAUUUACGACAGACGGGAAAGCCUCUCGCAACUCUCCAGUGCGCCGACCGCAUCUACUGUGUGGAUUCAGCAGCGCAUCUGCUUGUCAUUGCAACUGCUGAGAAACACAUCCAUCUUGUCGACUUGCGCUCCGACCUGACGUCCUUUGCGCGAAACACGACAUCGCCACUAUCGCACCAGACCAAGGCUGUAGCAGCUUUUCCUGAUGGCCAAGGCUGGGCUACAGCCUCCAUCGAAGGAAGGUGUGCAAUGAACGGUUUGGAUGGCAAGGAUGAAAAGACUAAGUUCACUUUCCGAUGUCACCGAGACACGUCCGAUGAUCCGAAAGUCACCAAAAUCUAUGCCGUCAACGACGUGCGUUUUCAUCCGAAGCAUCAAACUACAUUUAGUACUGCUGGAUCUGACGGAACGUUCAACUUCUGGGAUCGUAUGGCUCGCUGUCGUCUGAGAAGCUUCCCGUUCGUUGGCGGAGCUAUCACAUCAACUGAUUUUAGCUACGAUGGGAGUCUCUUUGCGUACGCCGUGGGCUAUGACUGGUCCAUGGGCUAUGCGAAAAACACGACGGAUUAUCCGAAUAAAACGAUGUUACAUCCUGUUGCGGAGGACGAGGUGAAACCUAGAAGGAAGAACUGA